UUCGGUGUUCUCUCCAGCUUCUGCGGCUGGCAGAGCUUCCGAGAUCCCAGUGGCGUUCUGGGAGCUUGGGCCCGGCCGGCAAGGCGGCGACAGGCCUCGCAGGUAGAGGGAAAAAUAAUUGACCUCUGAAGAGAAUGCUCCCAGAUGCAAAUCACAACUGCACUAAGAUACCAUCUCAAACACUGGAGUGACUGUAAUGUAAAUAGACAAUGAUAAGGGUUGGUGAAGGAAAAGGCCUGGGUUUGAAGGUGGAGCAAGGAUUGGACACCUUGCUGGGGAAAGCAAGUGAUCCAUUUAACCAAAGAGAUGUCAGCUUAUUUUUAGGUUGCUUGAAGCCAGAAUCAUGGUGGAUGUAGGAAAGUGGCCCAUCUUCACUCUGCUCUCCCCUCAGGAAAUUGCAUCUAUUCGGAAAGCAUGCGUCUUUGGCACUUCAGCCAAUGAAGCACUCUAUGUUACUGACAAUGAUGAGGUCUUUGUGUUUGGACUGAACUAUAGUAACUGUCUAGGGACUGGCGAUAACCAGAGUACACUUGUACCCAAGAAGCUAGAAUCUUUAUGUGGAAAGAAGAUUAAAAGCCUUAGUUAUGGGAGUGGCCCCCAUGUUCUUCUCAGCACUGAAGAUGGAGUGGUUUAUGCCUGGGGCCACAAUGGAUACAGCCAGCUGGGGAAUGGAACCACCAACCAGGGCAUCGCUCCCAUCCACGUCUGUACCAAUCUCUUGAUCAAGCAGGUGGUUGAAGUUGCUUGUGGAUCACAUCACUCAAUGGCUCUGGCAGCUGAUGGAGAGGUAUUCGCUUGGGGCUAUAACAACUGUGGCCAGGUGGGAUCAGGAUCUACAACAAACCAACCAACUCCUCGAAAGGUUACCAACUGUUUACAUAUCAAGAGGGUGGUUGGCAUUGCCUGUGGUCAGACCUCUUCCAUGGCUGUGCUGGACAAUGGUGAGGUGUAUGGCUGGGGUUACAAUGGCAAUGGUCAGCUGGGCUUGGGAAACAAUGGUAAUCAGCUGAGCCCCGUGAGAGUGGCAGCUUUGCACAGUGUGUGUGUGAACCAGAUUGUCUGCGGCUAUGCACAUACUCUAGCACUAACAGAUGAGGGCUUGCUCUAUGCCUGGGGAGCUAACACGUAUGGGCAGCUGGGAACUGGCAAUAAAAAUAAUCUGUUAAGCCCAGCACACAUCAUGGUGGAAAAAGAAAGGGUAGUGGAGAUUGCAGCCUGUCACUCCACCCACACGUCUGCCGCUAAGACCCAGGGAGGGCACGUGUACAUGUGGGGCCAGUGCCGGGGCCAGUCAGUGAUCCUGCCUCACCUCACCCACUUCUCCUGCACUGACGAUGUGUUUGCGUGCUUUGCCACUCCUGCUGUUUCUUGGCGUCUUCUGUCUGUAGAGCAUGAAGACUUUUUAACAGUUGCAGAGUCACUGAAGAAAGAAUUUGAUAGUCCAGAAACUGCUGAUCUCAAGUUUCGAAUUGAUGGAAAAUAUAUUCAUGUCCAUAAAGCUGUUUUGAAAAUCAGGUGUGAGCACUUUCGAUCCAUGUUCCACUCAUACUGGAAUGAGGACAUGAAGGAGGUGAUAGAAAUAGACCAGUUUUCUUACCCCGUGUAUCGUGCCUUUCUCCAGUACCUCUACACAGACACUGUGGAUCUGCCGCCCGAAGACGCCAUAGGUCUUUUGGAUUUGGCAACAUCUUACUGUGAAAACAGACUGAAAAAACUUUGCCAGCACAUUAUCAAGCGAGGAAUCACUGUGGAGAAUGCCUUUACACUAUUCUCUGCUGCAGUCAGAUAUGAUGCAGAGGAUUUAGAAGAAUUCUGCUUUAAGUUUUGCAUCAAUCAUUUGACAGAAGUUACACAGACGGCAGCAUUUUGGCAAAUGGAUGGUCCUCUGCUAAAGGAGUUCAUUGCUAAAGCCAGUAAAUGUGGAGCCUUUAAGAACUGAAGCCCAAGGCUGCUGGGGUUUGUGUGAGUGCUUUGGGGGCACUGUUGGUGAUGUGUCCAGCUUGUGCUCUACGGGUGAUGUGAUUCUGCAGGUAAAACCCACCAGGUUUUUAUCACAUCUUGAGACAGUUCUCUGUAGGAAUAUAUGAAGGAUAUUUGGCUUUUCCUGAGCCCAUUUUAAACAACUUGUUUCCAGAUAUGUAUAUUUUAAAUGUGACCUUUCUUAUAUUGGGGCUAGAACAUUGUGAAAGGAUGAAAAUUUAGCUUAAAGGAACUUUGAAAAAGGAAGUUGUUGAGAACUCUCUUGGGUCAUAUAGUACAACCCCUUAAUAUCAGGAGCUGUGAUUGUGAAAAGAACACGGAGGCUCAUCGGGAAUUAACAGUGCUGACUAGCAGGGCAGGGGGCCGGGUAGGCGAAGUGCUGCUGUUAGUUGCCGGUCAGCACCUUACUGUAAAGGACGGUUAGAAUUGUGUGAAAGUAUGGUUGGUGUGUAUUCACUAUUGAUGGCUUUUUAAACUUCAAGAUAUAUCAAAAGAAUAUUCCAUUUAACUUAUUUAAUGUUGUUAAAUCUACUGAAGUAAUUGAGUAAAUUUCUAGGUUAACCAGGAGCAGUAAUAUAGAAUUAUCCAUGAAAAAUUAAUAAUGAAAGAAUCUUUGUUUGGAUAAGGGUGAAUGUUUUAUUAAUGAGUCUCUACUACUUAUCUCAUGGUGUGUCACUAUAGUAAGGAUGAAUUUGAAAAACGGGAUUUAAAUCACCCCUUCACCUUUUCCCCUAUAAAUGCUCACUCAUAAGAAAAAAAAAAGACACAUAUUAAUAUACUCUUGCCUUCCUGCUAGAGCUGCUAAAUCAUCAGAUCUGCUAUGAUGACUUGAAGAAGUGGUUUUAAAAUCACCUUUCUUAUAAGGAGAAAUGGAAUUUGCUUCAUUUAUUUUAUCUAGGCCAAAUUCCAUCACACACUGGCUUCUUUGAAACUUCACCGUCUUUCAAUUUGGGAUUUUCCUCUUUUAAUUGUGUUAGCUAAUACUAUUUAGCAGAAUUGAAUUUAAAGGGAUCCCAAGAUCAUGUUUUUUCAACAAAGAUCCUAUACACAAGAUAGAAUUAUUAUCUUUUGGUCUGGUUAUGAAAUGUGACUCUGGGAUAUAACAGUGUUCACUUUUAUCACAUGUUCAUUGAGCUUGCUUUAAGAACAAAACUUUGUUUAGCUCUCUGGUCCAUGGACUCUUGUCCAUUCGUGUGAACUCUCUUAGUUUCCUGCUUAGAGAGGACCCUGUGAACUUAACACCUGAAUUUGUUUUCAGAGCUACAUUCGUAAGAGAGAAAAUAUGUUGCAGCUACUAUUUUAGCACUGUUCUUAAAUAUGUGUAUUAGGGUGAAUGGAGAGUGAAGCUCCAAAGACAAUUGUUGAUAGGCAAAAUAAGUACAAACCUUAGAAGUCCCAUCCCUUUUUUCUGGAUCAUAUCACAAGUGACUGAAGCCCAGUAAAUUAGUUAAAAUUAGUUCUGCACGAUGAUAGAAUUUUUCUUGCUAUAUUGAUGAAUGCACAUUAAUUUGGCUAUAAUGGGUAGUAUUUCUAACAAUUACUAUUCUGUAGGAUUAUGAUUUGAACAAAAUAAGAACUUCAGUAUGUUUACUAUUACUUACUUGAAAAAAAUUUCUUCAAAAAGCACAAGAUGAAGUGGUAGAUCCAGAUCCAUAGAUAGUUCAUUCAUUCAGCAAAUAUUUACCAAAUUCCUAAUACAGGUGAAGAACCACUUCUCAGAUUACUAAUUUGUAUGAGUGUGUAUGGUAGUGAAGAGAACAUGUCCUUCAAAAAGUACUUGAGUAUUUUUUUUAAAUAUACUCUUAUUUUUCUACUACUUGGUUUAUUGUUAAUCAUAGCGGGAGAUGGAAACUGUUCUUUAAAUUGAUUUUUAUUUCAUUUGAUGUAAUAACGGAAGCCAAAAUGUUCACAUUUCUUAAAAUAUCCCUACUGUACUCUUGGACUUCUUACUGGAACAAUGUUUGAUACUCUAGUAUACAAGUGGUAUUUAUGUAAUGUUUAAAAUGAUAUUAAUAAAGUACUCUGAUAAGGCAGGCAUCUCUUAGAGUUGUUUUUCCCCACUUAGAAGUCUGCAGUAUGCAGCCUCGAGUAAGAAAUUUUGAUAUGUGGGACAUUAUGGAUUAACUUGGCUAACUGAAACAAGCCAGUCACAAAAAGACAAAUCCUGUGUGAUCGUAUUCAUAAGGUUCAUACCUGGAAUAGUCAGGUUCAGAGGCAGAAAAUGGAAGGGUAGUUGUCAGGAGCUGGGGAAGGGAGAAUGAGUUGUUUGAGUACAGUUUUAGUUUUACAAGAUGAGUUUUUUUUGGAUGAAUGUUGUUUGACGGUUGUACAAUAUGAAUUUAUUUAAUGUUACUGUAUACUAUUAAAAAUGGUUGAGGUGGUAAAUUUUCUAUUACAAAUAUUUUAUCACAGUUUUAAAAAAUCAGUAGUAAAAUUCUUAGCUGGUAGAAGGCUAGAAUAAGAACUGUGAACAUGUUCAUUGCUUGAUUCUCGUAUCCACACAGAAAUGCUAGGAACUUUAUUCCUGUUGAAAGAUAGUACAAUUGAACUGUCAUGUCUGAAUCCUCUUGGGACGCUCAUAAAUGAAAGAAAGAAUACCUCUUGCCAGGGGGGCAUAUAAGUUUUUAGGGGAAGGGAGAUAAGGUUAGGAAUUAAUGACACAAUAAGAUAUGAAUAUUUU